AGUCGGUGCUAUUUACAUAAAUUUGAGAGAGAAACACAGAUCUCGUACCAAGAUUUUUUUCUUAUUUUCUUUUGAAGUUUCAAUGAAUUCCCAAGAUAAACAGCUUCACUUUCUCAUGUUUCCUCUCAUGGCACAAGGCCACAUGAUUCCAAUGGUGGACAUAGCCAGAAUGUUGGCUGAACGUGGUGCCAAGAUCACCGUAGUCACCACACCAGGCAACGCAGCCCGUUUCGAAAGAGUUCUUGCUCGCACUGCUGAAACUGGGCUUAGUAUCGAUCUAAUCCAACUGAAGUUUCCUUCAGAAGAAGCAGGAUUACCUGAAGGGUGUGAAAAUUUUGACAUGCUGCCUUCUCUAGAUUUAAUUCCAAAAUUCCUCCUUGCAGCCUCAAAGAUGCAACAGCCAGCGGAGAAAAGGUUUGAAGAGCUUAAGCUGAGACCAAAUUGCAUAAUAUCUGACAUGUGUUUGCCUUGGACAAUCAACAUUGCUCGACAAUUGAACAUUCCAAGGAUAUCUUUCCCUGGAAUAUGUUGCUUCUGCCUCAUAUGCUCGCACAAAGUGCAUAGCUCCAAGGUUCUUGACCAUAUAAGCUCAGAAAAUGAGCGUUUUGUUGUCCCUGACCUGCCUGAUCGGAUUGAGAUGACGAAAGCUCAGAUAUCAGUUCCAUCAAAAGAUUGGAAAGAAGUGGCGGACCAAAUGGUAAAUGCUGAGAUAGGGUCUUAUGGAGUGAUCGUCAAUAGUUUCGAAGAGUUGGAGCCAGCAUAUGUCAGAGACUACAAGAAGAUGAGGAACAGUAAAGUUUGGUGUAUUGGCCCAGUUUCCUUAUGCAACAAAGAAGACAUAGAUAAGGCUGAAAGAGGUAACAAGUCUAUUGUUGAUGCACAUCAGUGUUUGAAGUGGCUUGAUUCAUGGAAAUCAAGUUCUGUCGUUUAUGUUUGCUUAGGAAGCGCAUGCAAUCUAACAUCCCCACAGUUAAUAGAGCUUGGUUUAGGCUUGGAGGCAUCAAACAAACCGUUCAUUUGGGUUAUUAGAGGAGGGACUAGUACUACAGAAGAACUACAGAAAUGGAUCAAAGAAGAUGGAUUUGAAGAAAGGACAAAGAAAAAAGGGUUGGUCAUCUGGGGUUGGGCUCCACAAGUAGUAAUCUUAUCACACCCUGCUGUUGGAGCGUUCUUAACUCAUUGUGGAUGGAAUUCAAUUCUUGAAGGAGUAUGCACCGGGGUUCCUAUGGUUACUUGGCCGCUUAGUGGUGAUCAGUUUCCUAAUGAGAAAUUGGUUGCACAAGUUUUGAACAUAGCUAUAACGCUGGGGGUGGAAAAGCCAAUGAUUUGGGGAGAAGAAGAGAAAGUUGGGGUUCAGGUGAAGAGGGAAACUGUUAAGAGUGUUUUAGAGGAAGUGUUGGAUGGAGGAGAAGAAUGCAAGGAAAGAAGAGAAAGAGCUAGAAAGCUUGCGGAGAUGGCCAAGAGAACCGUUGAAGAAGAUGGGUCUUCAUACAGCAAUAUGACAUUGUUUCUAGAAGAAAUUAUGCAACUUGGAAGUAGGAGUGAUCAACAUGAAGUGUAUGGAUAUGAGAAAGAGAUGUGUUAUGUUUGAUAUUAGUCAUUGACUCACAUGAAAUCUAUUUCAUUAGCUAGCACAAGCUUAUGUUGUAACAAUAUUUUUCACAUAUUGAUCCUAUAUAUGCUACAGCUACACUAGUAUAAAUACUACUUUUAAAAGAAAUAAUGCUUGGAAUGGGGAAAUUCCUUUAGUUGCCUAUCAUGCUGUUGUUUUAGAUAGGUCUAUUCUUCAGUAACUGUGGUUUGUUCUGCUUUGUUUUCUGGUUUAGUAAAGUAUUCCAUUUCAAAAAAGAAAGUCCUGAAUGUAAGACACGUGCUUUUAUUAAUAAGAGCCCGUGAAGAAGUCGAGUUAUGAUUUAAAUGAUUUAUUUGGAUAUAUCCUUUCUUUGGUUUCUUGUAAAACGACUUGUCGUUGGUAGAAAUUUGAUUUAUUGUGAUACAUAUCCUCACUCUUUAUCAUUA